AUGAGAGUUAAAGCACCUGACCCAGCUGAAGAGGAUUCAGAGGAUAGUGAUUCUGAUUCAACCAGUUCACAAGAGGUAGCUGUAAGAAAAACCCCCUACAAGGCUGCUUGUAUGAGAGUUAAAGCACCUGACCCAGCUGAGGAGGAUUCAGAGGAUAGUGAUUCUGAUUCAACCAGUUCUCAAGAGGUCGCUGUGAGAAAAACCCCCUACAAAGCUGCUUGUAUGAGAGUUAAAGAACCUGACCUAGCUGAGGAGGAUUCAGAGGAUAGUGAUUCUGAUUCAACCAGUUCACAAGAGGUAGAAGUGAAGUCAAGGAAGAAUAGUGAUGAGAGAGAAGAGCCAAACAGCAAGAGAAGAAGGACAAGUAAGAGCUAUACCCCUAGAAGAUUUGAUCCCGAUGAGCCAGAAGUUAAUGAUACAGUUGCAAAUCUGUGCAACAAUGGAGGAUCAAAGAAGAACAAUUCCGAUAAGGUAUAA